AUGAGCAGUCCAGGAUCAAUGGUUCCAUCGUUGAAAGUCUCCAUCCCUUUCAUUCAAAACCCUUCCUUCCCUUUCCCUUCUAAUCGCCUUGAUCCUCUCAAGCAGCCUCUGAAAACGCACCGACCCUAUCCCUUCAUUUGCCUGUACUGA